AAUUAUAGAAAACAUAUGGGUAAGAAAGUAAAUGACCAUUCUUUUCUUUUAGCUGUCAAACUGACUGGAAUGUCCUUCCAUUUCUCCCUCCCGUGCCGCCGCCGCCUGCUAGUUACUGGAUUCCCCAAACUCUUCUUCACUCUCCGACAGCACUAUCCUCUCUCGAUAAUCACAAUGUCAAAUUCCCAAGACACUCUCAAAGCCGCUCAAAGUUACCCAACACCCCUCUCCCCUCCGUUGCCACUCAUCUCCAAGGACGUAGAGCUAGCAAGGGCCAUGACCGCAUCAUCCAGAUCAAGCCUUUACACUCUAUCGAGGAGCGAUGUUUUAUAUGAAGAUGGGUGGCUUAUUGUCGUUAAUAAGCCUCAAGGGGUUUACUGUGAGAGCGUGUUGGACUCGGUCCCUCAGCUUCUUGGUGACAAGUCGGGCGGACUCGGCGAAGGACAUGAAGGGACUUCCACCCGACCGGAGCUCCAUCUUGCCAACAGACUUGAUCGUGACACAACUGGCGUAAUGGUUAUUACCAAGUCCCACAAAGUAGCUUCUAAGCUUGUGAAAGCAUUUACUGAACAUAAGAAUAGGAAAACAUAUAUUGCUCUUUGUGUUGGUUCAGCUCCAAAGUGGGAAAAGAUCACCAUCCAAUCAGGUCAUGGAAGGUCAAAAUUUGGAGCUUGGCGGGUGUACGCUGCAUCAGAUGUGGGUCAGACCCUACCAGGUGGGUCCAUUGUCAGGGACAUGGAAACUUCAUUUGAAGUUUUAUCAGUGAAUGGGCAAGGGAGGUAUAAAGAGAUUAUGGAGUUCACAAAAGAUGAAGAGAAUGUUAUUCUUGUUGAAAGAAAAGCCGUGAUUGACGGUGAUGCAAAGAAGGAUGAGAUUUUGGUAAGAGCAUUUCCUCGGAGUGGAAGAACACAUCAAAUCCGCUUGCAUUGCCAGUAUCUUGGAAAUUCUAUAAGAGGUGAUGUAAAAUACGAGGGUGUCUAUGAAUGGAGAGGGAGAAUAUAUGAUGGCCAUGAACUCCAUGCAGAGAGUUUGUCUUUUGAGCAUCCAAUUACUGGUCUUCCUGUCAUGUUCCAGGCACCUCUACCUUUGUGGGCAAUGCAGGCAUUGCAGCCAUCGUAAGUCAAAACGCCCCUCUUCACUCGAACAUUUCAGAAAUUCUGGCGAAGCUGCUCAGAUAACUGAAACAGACAAUGCUUUGAGACCAUAUGUACCGUAUAAUCCUUCGUUGAGGGGAAAGAAAAUUCUCUCUCACAUGUAUGCAUAGAGUGGGAAGAGGCCAAAAAGAAAAUUGAGGUUUUGCCGCAUCAAGCUAAUUUGAGUAGGGGACUGAUGAACAUGGCAUUACUUGAAAUGAUGGGUUCUACUACUUAAUGGAAUAUAUUCACGACAUUUGGGUACGUCUUUAUGCAGGAAUUCACAUAUUGUUUGUUUGUAUCAGGAAACAACCCUGGAAUACACAAAAGUUUAUAGUUAUGAGUUGUUGAGGGAUUGUUAAGUCCUAUAAUUGUUUUAAAAAGAAAAUUCAGGUUUUGCCGCAUCAAGCUAAUUUGAGUAGGGGACUGAUGAACAUGGCAUUACUUGAAAUGAUGGGUUCUACUACUUAAUGGAAUAUAUUCACGACAUUUGGGUA